AAUGCAACCGUGUUUCUUGAUAUUCAAUGUAAAUGGGCCGGGCGAUGUCCGAGACGGCCAAACUUUCCAUUGUGCACCUCUUGGAUCCAACCAUCGUGCUUGCAGGGGAUCCAAAGAUUCGUUUUUAUCAACAUCAGCCAGAUCCCGCGAAUUCGUGAGCGCCUGGGGCGUUGUGAAGGGUUCUAGUAUCUUAGCGCGUUCGUGAGGUUACCUCGAGGCAGUUUGCCGAGUAUAUUUGAAGCCAAAACCACGAAGACUUUUCUAAGUAAUCCUGACCCGGAUUUAUAUCACUAGCAACUUCUCCAGUCAUGGAUUUAGAGGAGUUUGAUAAAUUUGCUGAAGAAUUGCGAUCCAGCGACGAUGUUCAAUCAAAAUCUCUGUCGGCCGAGCAGGCACUGAAACAUGUUGAUUCACAAUGGUACGUCGAUACGAGUAGGAGAGCCAGGUGGAUGGAUCUCCUGGGUGAUUAUGCAGGAAGUGAACCGUUUGUGAUUGAUGGUGAAUCACUGCUUCAACUUGUUCUGGACGAUCCUCUUCUUGCUAUCGCACGUCAAAAUGAGCCUAGUUUCCAGAUUUUACAUGCUAUACAUUCUCUGGAACGCAUUUUGAACGAUUUCACAACUCGUUCAGCUGUUUUCGAUAUCGUGUUUUGGGAAGGCAGUUCUCAGUUUGUUUUUGCAUCUCGCACUCUUGCGCGGAGACUACUUUUCAAGCAUCUGCAUAAACUUGAAUUUCGAGUGCAUACAUUUGAAAGUCUCUCUGACCCGAAGUGGCUCGAAUAUUGUUUCAUGACCAAGCCUAUGUUUGUCAUGAUGAACGAUGGUGGACUGCUUGAAACCAAAGACAUUGACAGCCUGGCGGCAGAGAGGAUCUUAUGUCAGCGUGUCUUCUUACUUGAUCUUCUGGCCAGUGGCAUAGCAGUGACACUUCUACGAGGAGCAGAGUUCCGGGAUUCAAGGAUCUCGUCCUUCGUCUACGAAUCACAGCGUGAAUCCUUAGCUAAAGGACCCUCUGUCUCUGAUGCCCAUUCUGCGAGCCUUAAAGCUCUUGAUGAAGCAGCAUUCGAUGCUCGCACCUCCCAGACUCAACUUCUCUGUACACCUAGAAGUCAAGAGAUGAUCACUAUCGAAGCGAGUCUUACUAAGCUAGCCAAGGUCUACCUGUCUUCCGAUUCCAACGCGAACCACGAGUUGCUCUUCAUAUUUAUAGCCCAUUGUCUUCUCCUGAAGACUUUAACGCCACAUGAGAGAGCCCGACGUGUGGAGGCCAUAAGCCCCAAACUAGUCAAGAUGUUGACACAGUCAUUUUUGCCACGAGCUUUCUUCGCAGCUGAGGACGUUAUUACUAGCUUGAACCCUGACAUCGAUGUCGACGGCAGAGUUUUUAUUGCUCUUCUUUGUUUCCUUGUGCGGAAUGACGGAAAACAACUACGAGAUCUCGUCGGCUCUGUUAUCUCUCAAUCUGUGGAGGCAAUAUGGGCAGAUCUCAAACUUCGUAGUCCUAAUUUUUCUACUCUUGCCUCUCAAAUCUCCUCUCUUUCCACAAAACUGCAGGUUUCUUCAACGUCAAAGCCCGUAAAGCUCCUCCCAUUCAGCAAUCCUGUAUUCGAUGCCGAGCUGUCAGUAGUGCAUGUAGCUGCCGAGGAUGAAGAUGAAAGCGAUGACGAAGACGAGUCUACUCCCUCACAUUUCAGUCUAGGGACACUUUUUGCUGACACACAACACUGGCACAAUCAUCGCAAGGCAAUCCUGCCGAAGCAUCUCGGUGGAGAGGAUGCCAGGCCCACGGAUGAGAGGCAACGACAACGAAAGUUGCGUUCUGACCAGCGUUUCAUGAAGAAUCUUCAGAAUCAGGCUGGUACCCUCACAGGAGCUUCGGGAGCUGCCCUCGAGCAAAUCAAGAUUCCUCCCGUUGGCUCUCGUGUAGCGCAGCCUGUUACAAAACAAAAGCCUUCUCAGGCCCCAAAGGUCAAGGCAGGAAAAGCAAAACCGCUCUCGAAAGCGGAAGAGAUUCGAAAACAAAACACGGAUAAGAAGACCCAGAAACAAGGGGCUGAUUCCGUCCAGUGGUGGGUUGGUCGACUGGCAGAACUCGGCAAACUUUCGGUUUCCACUCAGGCCCAAAAUGUUCAAACUUUAUACCGGAAUCCCAGGAGCAGAGAACCUGCUCUCGCGGCAGAGAUCCGUCUAUAUCAAAUCCAUCUGCUCCUGUCCUUGUGGAUUGAUGAACAAGGACGAGAAUCAGCUACUACACGAGAUAAAUAUACAGUCGCUAUCAUGCGUAUUGUCAAAGAGGCUAUCGAAAUAGGGCAUGCGACGAGUGAAGUAGUUAAAUGUCUGACCAGCGUUCUUAUCUCCCUAGGACUGUCCGACUAUCUUGAAGCUGUAGGCAGCUCAGCUGACCUGAAAGAUGAACAGCGUUUAUCUUUCAAAUUCAUCAAACUCCUCAAAUCCAAGACGAAAGCUCCGUUACAUGAGUUCAUGCAUAUACAGGAACAUCCCAUAACCUGGCAAUUGCGGCUGUUCGGAGAGUUUAUGGAUAGGAGUAUGGACAGCCAGGAAGAUAAGCGUGUAGCUUUCAAACCUGACGCAUGGCAACGUGAGGUCCUUGACUGCGUUGAUCAGAAUGUAUCCCUACUCGUCGUUGCUCCUACUAGUGCAGGAAAGACUUUCAUUUCCUAUUACGCUAUGGAAAAAGUCUUGAGGGAUUCGGACAAUGGCAUCUUGGUUUACGUUGCCCCAACUAAAGCUCUUGUUGCUCAAAUUGCUGCUGAAGUUUAUGCUCGUUUCAGUAAGGACUUGAAUGGACGGAGCUGCUGGGCCAUUCAUACGCGGGACUAUCGAGUCCAUGACCCUCAAAAUUGUCAAAUUCUCAUAACCGUACCAGAAAUUUUGGCUACCAUGAUUCUAUCUCCGCCUUUGGCAAAACUUUGGACACCGCGAAUCAAACGGAUUAUUCUCGAUGAAAUUCACUCCAUUGGGCAACAAGAAGGUGGUGCCGUCUGGGAGCAAAUUUUGCUAUUAGCACCCUGUCCCAUUAUUGGUCUCUCCGCUACUGUUGGUUCGCCUGAGCUGUUCAAUAAAUGGCUCCAAUCCGUACAAGAAACUCGCGGUUUCAAGCACAGGUUUAUUCACCAUCCUCAUCGAUACUCGCAUCUGCGAAAAUUCUUCUACGCCCUUCAAUAUGAGCCCCGCGACACCUUUCAAGGUCUUGAUUCUUAUCGCUCCACCGAACGCCUCAGGUUUCUCCAUCCAGUCACUACACUUUCCUUUGGCACGCGGUCUCUACCUCCGGACCUUUCCUUAGAGGCUUCAGAUACUCUGGCAUUAUACGAAGCACUGAUGUCCUGUCGCGACGUAAUAUCGAGUGAUUUGGGGUCUUUGGAACCUGGUCGUUAUUUCCCUUCCAACAGGCUUCUGCAACAAAUUGAUGUAAUCAACUAUGAGGCCGAUUUGAAGGCAGUGUUAUCGACCUUGAUAGCGACGUCUGACCCGAGAGAUAAAUCAUCGCCUUUGUCUCGCGUUAUCCACUCUCUGGAGGAUAGCCGUUUAUCGAGCCUGUCUAGUGACGCCUUGAAUGCUAAACCAGACAGGUUGCUCUACCGGCGCAAUCUAAUCAGGCUGGUAUGCGACUUGCACGCACAAAAUGACCUUCCUGCCAUCCUCUUCUCCUUUGACAGAACGGACUGUGAAAUCAUGGCUCAGGAUCUUUUGGAGGCCCUUCAACAGAAGGAAGGACGAUGGCGUUCCACCAGUGCGGAACACAAGCGCAAAAUGGCCGAGUGGGAAAAUUGGUUAGCUCGUGCUAAAGACCGCGAACGGCAAGCAGAGAAAGCGAAGAAAGUCAAGAAAGACCCCGAUGCCCCUGAUUCUAUGGAUACAACUGAGCGAUCCUGGCAAUCAUCUUUCGAUCCUGAAGACCCUGAACCACAGUUUUCGUUUGCUGGACAGCACACAUCCUAUUCCAAGAGUGACCUCAAUGACGAUAUCAGAGGAAUGUCGAGGUGGAACUCUGCCCCGGAGUGGGCCCUACAGUGCCUUAGGAGAGGGAUAGCUGUUCAUCAUGCGGGUAUGAACAAGCGGUAUAGGACUCUAGUUGAGAGUUUGUUCCGACAAGGUUUCUUGCGUGUUGUGAUCGCAACUGGCACUUUGGCACUUGGUAUCAACGCACCAGCAAAAACGUCGGUAUUUUGUGGAGACUCCCCAUUCUUAACUGCUCUGAUGUACCGUCAAUGUGCUGGUCGUGCUGGUCGCCGUGGGUUCGAUCUCCUAGGGAAGGUAGUCUUCUACGGUCUUCCGAUGGAUCGGGUGCAGCGUCUGAUACUCUCUAAACUUCCUUCCCUUGGUGGUAAUUUCCCUCUGACGUCGACCCUUAGCUUGCGGCUAUUCAACUUACUUGAGGGUUCCGACUACGCGCCAACUGCAGUACAGGCCGUGCAAGGCCUCAUGCGAUUGCCACACAUUAGCUUUGGAUCCGAUGCAGGUCGCCACCAACUCCUUCAUCAUUUGCGCUUCAGCAUUGACUAUCUUCGUCGUGCUCACUUGCUGGACGAUAGCGGGAAGCCACUCAACCUCUUUGGGAUUGCUGCUCAUCUGUAUUACACCGAACCCAGUAAUCUUGCUCUUGUCUCUCUACUUCGAAACGGUGUGCUGCACAAAAUAUGUGCCCAGUCGAGCAUGAUAAACGCUAAAAAGGACUUCAUUUUGCUCAUGUGCCACCUAUUUGGCCGUCGCUACUUACCGAAAACGUACACCACGGACGAGAAUGUUGCUCUUCUCAUCAAAAAGUCACCAUCUAUGGUCCUGCUUCCUCCUCUUCACAAGAAGGCUCGCCAAGUCUUGAAUGAGCACGAUCAAGAAACUCUACGCGUUUUCGUUGGUUAUGCGCUCACAUAUGGUUCUCAGCAUCACGACAAACUUGGAUCGGACUCCCAGCUACCCUUAAGUGGACCAGUCGUGGCAGAUAAUUCUGGAGAUGAUGAUACACCUUUCCGUACAUACUUGAGGGAUACCAGCAUCCCUGUCACCGCUCGUUCGCUUUUCGUAGCAAACUCUGGGCAUGGAGAUGAAUUCCAGACCGUGCAAGAACUUGCACGCACGGCUCGCCAAGGCCUUCAUCUUAACGAGCAUGCUAUCCCCUCAUUCAGUCAUAUCACGGCCAUUUCUGGACCAUCGGACAGCCACUUUGGUCUAAACGCCUACUUACUCGACUUUUACAUCCACGGGCAGACUGCUGCUCUCAGCAAGGCAAAUGGUAUCAGACGAGGCGAUAUAUGGUAUCUCUUACAAGACUUCUUCCUUGUGCUGAUGACUGUUCGAGGAGUGCUCGAGCAACUCUUGGAGCGUGCGUCGAAGGAAGCAGCUGUGGAGGACCCUGAUGUCGACCUUGAUAGCGGUUACGGAUCGUUUGACCCCGCUGAUACACUAGAUGCGAGUGAAGGAGCCACCCUAUCCGAUUUCAAGAGGCCAAAAGGAGUCACAGACAAAGAUUGGAGGGUUUACGAAGUUGUGAACGAAGCACUCAAGGAGUUCGACGAAAAAUACCGUGCCAUGUGGGCAUAGUUAGAUGUUAUACAUUUGUACCAUUAUCACUGCAUUCGAAUAGCUUUCAGUAUUCAUCAUGUCAACUAGAACGUACCCCAUUUGAACCCAUCCUUACAGUUAUCAAAGAAUUCGCUUCAAUAGACUUUAUCAUACGGUUCAUGCAUAAUAUGAGAUAUUGGUAAGGUG